UUUGAAGUCUUUCUGACAACGGUCAUGAAAUCAUAUUCAUAUGUAUUAACCCUCUGAACUCUCAAGUCUGAACCCAAUAGCCUCAAGCAGCAGACAGAAUCAAUGGCGAACAAACAUUCACCUUUGGAGCCACACGAACUCAGCAGCGACCAGGGUUCCUACUGUGACGAUUUCGAAGGAGAUCCCUUUUAUGAAGAAACGGAGAGCAAGUUCUCAUACCUCUCACUCUCACCUUCCACGAACAAGGCACAAGCAAGAGUUGUUGAUGGUACAAAUCCAGAAGAGAUAGAGAUAACAACACCUGCUUCUAACGAAGUAAAUUUUGAGAGGGUUGAAAGGUUAAUCAAAGGGGGAAUGCUAGAGAGAUUGAAAGUUGACGAAUGCAAGUUGUAUUUGCGAAAGAAUUGUCUUAGGCUAUCUGGAAAUAAGGAUGUACUCGUCCAGCGUAUUAAGGAGCAUCUGCAGAUCAUAAAUGGUGGAGGCGAAAGAAAGUACCCACGCUCUAGCUUUGUGUUGGACUGUAAAGGUGAUGCAUGCACUGGGGAUGUUGUUUUGUUUGAGCAGAAUGUUUAUGAAAUGUUCAACAUAGCAUCUAGAAGUGCCAGCGGUCCAUCAUGUGGUAAAAGGACUGUUGCAGGUCGCAUAGUGAAAGAAAGCUAUGGCACUGCCAAGCAGCAGCAUACUUUUACGAUUGAAGUACUCUGGAGCAAAGGAGAAAAGCCUUUUCCUCCGCUUCAUCCCCUAUUGAUUAAGGGUCGAAACCUUUAUAGGUUGAAGACUUUGAGACAGAAAUGGGAGGAUGAAGGGGAAAGGCAGAAAAUAUUGACGGAGAAACACUCGAGGGGAUCUAUUGCUCGGGCAGAUAGAGAAGCAAGGGUACAAGAAAAAGUGAACAGACAAGCAAUUGUGGAAAACAGGGUCUCCAGAAAGCAUUCAGUAAUACAUCAUCCUCAUGCCAUUAAUCAAGAAAAACCAGCAUUCCCAUCUAAGAGUUCAGCUGUAUCUGCCAUUAAUCAAGAAAAACCACCAUUCCCAUCAGCAGUGACCGAACAGUGGAGUAAGUCUGCUAGUUCUAGACGAUCGAAUGAAUCGACAUCAUUUGGUGUUAACCAUGUAAAUAACCAGCAAGAUUGGAAGCACUCAUCUGACCCAAUCAUUAAAGCUCAACUUGGUGACCUCCACUCCAAAGAAAAAGGGCAAUACCAAUACCAUCCUAGUGAGAGAAACAGGUUUGCACACAGAAAUCCUUUGACUAGUGCUAAUCACCUUCUUCCGUUGCUGAACAACAGAGAAAUCCACAAGCAAAAGCAGCUAUGUAGAUAUUAUGCUGGUGGGGGGUGCUAUUUUGGGGACAAUUGCAAAUUUGUACAUGAUUUGAUACUAUCAAAUCAAGAACAAAGUCUUAUCCAGUAGAGAUAAAGUCAGCUACAUGGAUCAAACUAUGUUAUUGCGUCCUAUCAUGUAUCUUUAUCCGGACUUGAGACGGAUUAUGCAACAUAGGUGAAGAUAGGUGUUUGAUACUAUCAAAUAAUAUUAUUUAAAUCAAUGAAAAGUGGUAUAUAGAGUGUUGUUUUUAAAU